UUCACGACGGAGGCAAGCGCGACUGCGGUUGCUCUUCCCGCGCAUCUGACGACUGAUUUUUUUUUUAAAUCGUGCAUCUUUUUAAAUUGUGCCAGUGUACAUUACUCGCGUUUAACACUCGAAGCAAGUGAUCUAUGAAAUGAAGCCGUUAUUCCUGUUUCUCAUGGUGGCCGUUGGGCUCACCAGUGCACGCUGGUUGCGUCGCCAGCGGUCGCAUCCAUCUAAAGAUACGAGUUUUGUGGGAGAAGCCACUAAUGAACUUGCUACAACAAUUUUGCAGGGUUAUAUUGACGAUAGUAAAAAUAUUGCAUUUUCUCCUCUUGGAUAUUCAGCGAUUCUCGCUAUAUUGGCGGAAGGUGCAAGUGGUGAAACCAGAAACCAGUUAGUAUCGGCACUUCGUCUACCAGAAGACCAAAAUAUCACUAGGAAGACCUACCGUAACAUAAUGGAACGCCUAAAAUAUAGGAAUGAGUAUAAAUAUAAUCAACCAGAGCUGAAAAAUUUCUUUUAUAUUUACAAAAACUAUACAAUAAAUGAGGAUUACAAGAAAAUUCUGGAAGAUUAUUAUUUAACUGAUGUACGUUCUGUUGAGAGGUAUAAUUCAUUUGAUGAUCUCGACUCAAAAAAUAAUGAAGAAGAAAAGAAUGUCAAUAAUGAAGAGAUUCCAGAUAUAAUUCCACCUAAAGAAACAGAUGAGAAAUUAAUAACAUAUGCCGUCGAAGACAUACCAGAAAAGGUAGAUGUUUCUUACAUCGAAUAUAAACCAGCUAAGAAUAUUAAAGAACAAAUAAAGUUAGUAAAAAAUACUCAAGAUGCAAAUAAAGAAGAAUUUGGCGAUGAGGAAGAAACUAUGGUUGCAGUUGAGGCAAGAAAUCAUGCACGCAGUUUGAGAGUGCUUAACGAAAAAAAUGAUAUAGCUUCAAGCAUUUCUGUAAAUAGCGUUGGGAAAAAAUCUAGUAAAACAAGUAGUUCAUUGAUGCUGAUUUUUAACGGCAUGUAUUUCCGUGGUUCUUGGAAGAAACCUUUCGACAAAGUGGAACCUGGAGUCUUUUAUAAAUCAAACAAUGAAAAAAUGCAAGUUCCAAUGAUGAAGACAAGAGGUACUUUUAAGACCACCUCUUUACCAGAUUUGGACAGUGAAGCCAUUUUGUUACCUUACGACGGUGAUCGUUAUGCACUUAUGUUGCUGGUCCCACGGUCACGUGACGGUUUAAUAAGAUUGAUCGCCGACUUGCCAGCGACAUCGUUAUCGGAGAUUCAAGAAAAUCUUAAAGAAGAGGAAUUACAUGUUUCGUUGCCAACUUUCUAUGUUGACACAACUACCAAACCAGUUACAGCCUUAGCUAAGUUUGGUGUAAGCAGUAUUUUUGGUCGAGAAGCAGAAUUGUCAGGAAUCUCUUCUAAGGAAGGCCUGUUUGUACAAGAACUCGUGCAGAAUGUAGCUGUGCGAGUGGACAACACUGACUCAUCUGCCUCAUUAAUCGGAGCAAGCAACGCAGUUGAAGAAAUCGAUGAAAUAGGAUCAUUAAAGAACCUUCCGUUGAACGAACUUAAGGAAGCUCGUAAAUUCUGUGUGGAGCAUCCAUUUGUCUUCUACAUAGUAGACCGUGUGGAUAAUCUUGUCGUUGUUGCUGGCAAGGUCAUUGACCCACAAGCGCCAUCUGAUAUUUAAGAGAAAUAAAUAAUAUAAUGAUAACAUUUUUAAUUUGUUACUCUUGAAAGAUAGAUAUAAUAUAUAUAUUAUGUUAUUUAUCUUAUGUAAGCUGCCCUCCACUUUGUGUCAUUACUGAUUAAAUAUUUUGCUUGUAUUUUUACCCCAAGCUUUUGGGGUAUAUUUUAAGAAAUAGAUAUCUCCAACGAAACCAGAUGCAUUUGAUAAUGAAAAAGUACACAGUUUAGGUUAGCUUAGUUUUAAGUUUAUUUAUUUUUUUAGAUUUUGUGAUAUUUUUAAGAAUAAAUUAUUUAUUUUUACAAAA